UUAAUUAAAUAUCAACAAAUUUUAACUAUAACUUAGUAAAAAAAACAACAAGGUUGUUAGAAACUCCACGUAAACGUAUCCAUGCACAUAAAAGUGUACACAAAAGUAAAAUGGAAGAACCAGCAACACAAGACGCAUCAAUAGCUCUAUAUCAGUACCUCUGUCAGGAAAUUGUCGGGUCAGAGGAAAAUGUUAAAGCAAGAAGAAUGAUGAACACUGUAAGGGAUUAUCUAGAAAGCGAUGACAACCAAUCAAUAAUCACAAGUGGAAGUUUUGGAGAAGGACUCGAGAUGCGAGGAAGUGAUCUCGAUCUUAUGUUUGCAAUGAAAUAUAUUGAAGUUUGCGAGGACAAUAAUGUUCCUUUAAACCCUGAUAAAGCAUAUUUUAUCAUUGAAGCAGACGAAAUACAACCGGGAUACACUCAAUUACAUCUGCAAAAUAAACACUGUAAUAAAAAGUUAAACAUUUUGGAAAUUUGUGAAGAGAUUGGAGGUGAAUACUACUGUUCAAACUUUCGUAUAAAGCAACGAUUCAUCAACGAAUUUGCUCCAAUAAUUCAUGGACCGUGUACAUCCGACAAGAAAGGUGUCUUUGAUAUUGCCUACUGCUUACAUUGUAAAUCAUGGAUAAGACAAGCACAUCAGUGGAUAAAACGCUCAAAUAAUGCAUGGCCGGGAUACGAUGUUAAACAGUCUAUUAUAACACAUGGUGUUCUAUUUGUACCAAUAGGUGUUAAGGGAUCUUCAAAAGAAGAUCUAGAAUGGCGAAUAUCAUUUUCCGUUGGAGAAAGACUACUGAUCUAUGCCUUUACACAUACACAAUUACUGUGUUAUGCUCUGAUGAAAAUUCUUCUCAAAGACGUAAUAGAGAAUGACUUAGAAAGUAAGGACAUGCUAUGCACAUAUUUCAUGAAAACAAUUUUGUUUUGGAUUUCUGAGGAAGUACCACUCACAACCUGGCACCCAGCUAACCUAAUAUCUAAUUUUAUAAAGUGUAUGAAGAGACUUACAUAUUGUGUUGAAAACUCAGAUUGUCCACAUUACUUCAUUCCUGAGAAUAAUUUAUUUGAGAAUAAAAUGAAAGGACACGCACAAGAAACACUUUUGAAAAAGCUGAAGUCUCUAAAUAGUUAUGGAUGGAAAUGUAUCUUAUUUUCAAAUCAAAUCAAUAAAUUAUCAUUUCAAAUUCAAUCAGAAACGCCAACGUUAUAUUAUACAUGUUAUAAUAGUCUGAAAAUAGUAGUAUCUCCAACUGCUUUUUUGAGAGAUGGUUUCAUUCCAAGCACUCCUUCUUCAUUCGAAAAAGAGGUUCACAUGAUGCAGUCUUUUAAGAGUUCAAAUAUAAAAUACCUUUGUUCGUUCUAUAUGUCAAAAAUGUGUCAUAAUAGAUGCCAGGUACUACCGUUUGAUGUAAUGGACAAUAACAAAUCUUUCUAUAAACAGUACAAAAUGUGUAUAAGUCAUGUAUUACUAAAUACACGUGAAGAUGCUGUAUCUGGAUGGCUGAUGUUAGCUUCAUUUUUCUAUAAGACUAAACAGUUUCAAAUAGCUCUAGACAUCCUGCAGUACUCAUUACUAAAAUGUUCACCCGAAAAAAUUUACAAUGACUUUGAUGUUUCAAAUAUUCAUAAUGAAAUAUACCGUUUGAAUUUGUUUAUGCAGAUGAGUAUAGUUCAAUUAACAAAAUUGCUGCUAGUAAAUGAAGUGUUGUUUAUUGAAAACUCAUUGUUCACACCGAAUGAACUCCUUAUUGGAAAAAAUACGACAGGCUUUCAAAUACCACCAGUAGUUUAUGCUCAUUCCCUUCGUUUUCUUUGUCACUAUCAACUUAAUAAUAUCUGUCAAUGUCAGCAUUCUCUUAAAGACUUACAAUUAACUAUAGAGGAAGAUUAUUUCAUUGCUGAGGACUCUGAGAAAGCUUCUUCAUAUAACAUCUUAGGUAUAAUUUUUCACUUAGUUGGAGACAGAGCAUCAGCCAGACAAGUAUUAAUGAAAUCUAUAGAAAUAUACCAAGAUGUAGAUUGUAAUAGUGCGUACCGGAUGCUGCCAUUAAUAGGUUGAAUUAUGUAUGAUAAUGUAUUUUAGUGAGUGAGGUGUAUUUUGCGAAAUUAAAUCUGAUUUGUGUG